GGAAUAUCAAACAGAUGAUUAAAUUGACUCAAGAACAUAUAGAGGCACUGCUAGACAAAUUUGGAGGAGAACAUAACCCACCAUCAAUAUAUUUAGAGGCCUACGAAGAGUACACCAGCAAGCUUGAUGCUCUACAGCAGAGAGAGCAGCAGUUACUGGAGUCCAUGGGGAAUGGAACUGAUUUCUCUGUCUCCAGUUCAGCUUCAACAGACACAGUUGCAUCAUCUUCCUCCUCUAGCCUCUCUGUAGCACCUUCAUCCCUUUCAGUUUAUCAAAACCCUGCCGAUAUGUCACGGAAUAACCCCAAGUCUCCACAGAAGCCUAUUGUUAGAGUCUUCCUGCCCAACAAGCAAAGGACUGUGGUUCCAGCAAGAUGUGGAGUGACAGUCCGAGACAGCCUAAAGAAAGCGCUGAUGAUGAGAGGUCUUAUUCCAGAAUGCUGUGCUGUUUACAGAAUACAAGAUGGAGAGAAGAAGCCAAUUGGCUGGGACACAGACAUUUCCUGGCUCACGGGAGAGGAGCUGCAUGUGGAAGUCUUGGAGAAUGUGCCACUCACGACACACAAUUUCGUACGAAAAACCUUCUUCACGUUAGCGUUCUGCGACUUCUGCCGAAAGCUGCUUUUCCAGGGGUUCCGGUGCCAGACGUGUGGCUACAAAUUUCACCAGCGCUGUAGUACAGAAGUGCCACUGAUGUGUGUUAAUUAUGACCAACUUGAUUUGCUGUUUGUCUCCAAGUUCUUUGAACAUCACCCCAUACCACCAGAGGAGGCCUCCUUAGGAGAGACCACCCCAGCAUCUGGAUCGUACCCCUCAGUGCCCCCCUCAGAUUCUGUUGGACCACCAAUUCUCCCUAGUCCUUCUCCUUCAAAAUCCAUUCCAAUCCCACAGCCCCUCCGACCAGCAGAUGAAGACCAUCGGAAUCAGUUUGGGCAACGCGACCGAUCCUCUUCAGCUCCCAAUGUCCACAUCAAUACAAUUGAGCCAGUCAAUAUUGAUGAAUUGAUUAGAGACCAGGGUUUACGAGGAGAGGGAGGCUCAACCACAGGUUUGUCUGCAACACCUCCUGCCUCUUUGCCUGGGUCACUAACCAAUGUGAAAGCGUUACAGAAAUCACCAGGACCCCAGCGGGAAAGGAAAUCAUCUUCAUCCUCAGAAGACAGAAAUAGAAUGAAAACUCUUGGUCGACGGGAUUCAAGUGACGAUUGGGAGAUACCAGAUGGACAGAUCACAGUUGGACAAAGAAUAGGAUCUGGAUCAUUUGGGACAGUCUACAAAGGAAAGUGGCAUGGUGAUGUGGCAGUGAAGAUGUUGAAUGUUACGGCACCCACACCUCAGCAGUUACAGGCUUUCAAAAAUGAAGUAGGAGUGCUCAGGAAAACACGACAUGUGAAUAUCCUGCUUUUCAUGGGUUAUUCAACAAAACCCCAGUUGGCUAUUGUUACACAAUGGUGUGAAGGGUCCAGCUUGUAUCACCAUCUACACAUCAUUGAGACCAAAUUUGAAAUGAUCAAGCUAAUUGAUAUUGCACGACAGACUGCACAAGGCAUGGAUUAUUUGCAUGCCAAGUCAAUCAUCCACAGAGACCUCAAGAGUAAUAAUAUAUUUCUUCAUGAAGACCUCACAGUAAAAAUAGGUGAUUUUGGUCUAGCUACAGUGAAAUCACGAUGGAGUGGAUCCCAACAAUUUGAACAGUUGUCUGGAUCUAUUCUAUGGAUGGCACCAGAAGUUAUUAGGAUGCAAGAUAAAAACCCAUAUAGCUUUCAGUCGGAUGUGUAUGCAUUUGGGAUUGUUCUUUAUGAAUUGAUGACUGGACAGUUACCAUACUCAAACAUCAACAACAGGGACCAGAUAAUUUUUAUGGUGGGACGAGGAUAUCUAUCUCCAGACCUCAGCAAAGUACGGAGCAACUGUCCAAAAGCUAUGAAGAGACUAAUGGCAGAAUGCUUAAAAAAGAAGAGAGAUGAGAGACCCCUUUUUCCACAGAUUCUUGCCUCCAUUGAGCUUCUGGCCCGGUCAUUGCCAAAAAUUCACCGCAGUGCAUCUGAGCCCUCAUUAAACCGGGCUGGCUUCCAGACAGAGGAUUUUAGUCUAUAUGCUUGUGCUUCUCCAAAAACACCCAUCCAAGCAGGGGGAUACGGAGAAUUUGCAGCGUUCAAGUAGCCACAGCACCAUGGCAGCACCCACUCUGUUAUUUAAGUCUUGUGUUCCUACAGUUUCUUAACAUCAAAACUCCAUUCUGCUCCGCAAAACCUAAAAUAAUUUAGAAAAGAUAUCCAUAAGCUUAAAAGUGGAGCAGAAUGGAACUGCCAGUCCAACACAAUGGGAAAAAGUACCUUUUUGGGAACCAGAGUCCUCUGCUGCCAGUGUUUCUCCUUCAACACAAACCACCACGUGCAUUCGGAGACCCGCAGUGGCUGCCUGUGCUGUUGGCAUCAUUCCCAGGAGAGAGGAGAGGGCGCUCGUGGUUUGACUGUGGUGCUCGGGCAUGAGGGGAUGGAACUGCUGCUGCAACUUAGGAGACUUGCUUUGGAUGGUCUGCCGGUCGGCUUUCUCCCUCUAACAGUGUAACCAUCAGAGGCUGAAAAUCUGAUGAGUGCUAAUUUAAAAGAACCAUUCUCCAUUCCGAUCCUUUUUUUUCCUGGUGUAUUUACUGAUUUAUGGACAAUGCAGUAUCCCCUUUUCUCUGUAUUACAGUGUCAAACACCUCAAUCUGCCUAUAUUAUUGGGUUUUAUUCUUUUAAAAUUAAAAGUGUGGGGCAUUGGGAACUGGAGAAGAUGUUAUUCUGAAGGCGAAGAGGUUCAGCUGAAGGAAAAGGGGAUGCUGCUGCACCUUUUUUCAGAUUUACUUUACCACUUCUUAAAAAGAACAAACAACGACCACCAUCCUUAACCUUUUUCCUUUUCCCGUAUUUUCUUGGUGUGUGCAUAUACAACAUCUUUUAGAAGGAUUAGGUAGAUCCUUCUUUUGUUGGUCCAGCAACAAACUGAAGUUU